UUCAUUAAUUAUACGUAAAAAAAAAAACUCUUUCAUUAUUUACACACUGAAACCACAUUAGAAAAGCGUAACAUGGAUUUCCUUAGGAAAAAGAAGCCGACCCCGCAAGGCGGGAAGCAGCGCAGGGACGGCUGGGAGAAGCCAAUCUCCAACGGCGAAGAAGACUAUUCCGCCGCCGCCGCCGCCGUGCAGCAGCAGAAGCACAAGCCGGACCCCCGCCGCGAUCGUAAGGAUAAGGCUGCUCCGGACGCCUCCAAGUUUGUUGGAAAGACGGCGGCGGUGAUGACCCAGCAGGACCGUCGCGUCGAUCUCCCUGCUGUCAGCGAGCGGCGCAUCGCCUCCACGGCCACGGCGGUGUCUGCGGCUGUUUAUUUUUCCGACGAACUUGCCGGCGAUCCUUCUAUCGAUCAUAAAGCCGAGGCUUACAUUGCCUCAUUCCGGAACAAGCUUAAAAAUCAAAACGAGUGAUGGAAUGAAAGAUACUAUUGUUUAUUAUUACUCUGUACUUGUGGGUAUGUAACAUUAUUAAUAAAUAAAGAAAAUGGUAAUGGUUUU